UACUGAGAGAGAGAAAGAGAGAGGGGGGUGGGGAGAUAGACAGGGAGAGAGCGAGAGAGAGACUCAACCUCACCAGAGCGUAGAGGCGUCAGACUGCCGCCACAGCAUCUCGGUUACGCACUGUUCAGAGGCCCCAUCGACCGAUCACCGCUCCAGAACCAGCUAAAGGAGAAGUCAACAUAGCCGGGCGCGUUGCCACAGCUACAGUCAGUAAUGGAGAGCCUGCUGGAUAAUCCAAUGAAAGCCGUUCUUUAUCUGAAGGAGCUCACCACUAUCGUCCAGAACCAGCAAAGCCUGAUCCAAACACAGCGCCAGCGCAUCGACGAACUCGAGCGGAAGGUGGAGGACCUGAUCGGAGAGAACCGACAGUUGCGGGACCCCCAUCACUACGUCCAGCAGCCUUCUCAGCACCACCAUCACCACCACCACCACCACCCGACUCACCGCAGCGCCAGUCCCCAGGCGCCGGCCCACCUUCACCAACACCCGGGGAGCAACAAAGCUGCGGCUCAUCUCGGCCAGCAGGUGCAUCAGCAGCAGCCACCACCACCCCAGCAGCAUCAGCAUCAGCAGAUUACCGGUCUGUCGGCCCAGCCUCAGCAGCAGCAGCAGCAGCAGCACCCGACUCCUCCUGCACCGUCUUCCCACCACCCACAGCAGCUGCAGCUCGUUCCCACCUCGCCGCAGUCGCCCAAAGCGAGCCAAGCCAGCCCCGACUCCGCCGAGGAGGAUAAGAGGAGCCCCUGCUGCAAGUCGCUUGUUCCGCAGACUCCAACCACUCUCUGCCGUUCAGUGGGUCUGGCCAGGAAAGCGGAAAACCCAACAGUACUACACCAGUUCUGCUGCCCAGCCCCAGAGGCUCCUGAGGGGGAGACCUCCACUGCCUGUGUUCCCAGCGAUGACCUUUCUCCAGACUCGUCUAUGGUUCAGGAAGGGAAGGGAGGAGAAGGAGAGCUGCAGAGUGAGGCCCAGUCACAGCCACAGCCACAACCCGAACUGCAACCGCAGCCCCAACAACAGCAGCAAGAGACUCAGCCACAGACUCAGCCAGCACAGCCCCAACCACAGACUGAGCCCCAACCGCAGAUUCAACCUCAACCCCAACCCCAACCCGAAGUCAAACCUCAGCCAGAACCUGAGCCGAAAGCCCAGCCUGCACCAGAGCCCGAGCCUCAGCCGCAAGUCAAGGCUCUGAGCGAGGCGGCCCCACAGGAAGCCCCUAAAGCCCCUUCGCCUUGCCGAGAGGAGCAGACGGUUGCAGAGAAAGAGAAUCAAGAGUCAGAAGAAGUUGUGGAGGCAAAGACAAAGCAAGAGGUAGAGGAGGCACAGGCCAAGCCACGCGAGGGUGAAGCAGCACAGGAGGAAGAGGACGAGGAAGGGGGAGGAGCAAAAGGAGGUGGCCCGGGGAGGAGAGCCAGUCUGCACCACACAGCCUCGCCCUUGAGGGUGCAGCGCAACGGGGCCGGCUCGCACUCCGCCUCCUCUGACUAUGAGCUUUCGCUUGACCUCAAAAAUAAGCAGAUCGAAAUGUUAGAGCACAAAUACGGCGGACACCUCAUCUCCCGCCGUGCUGCCUGCAAGAUCCAGACUGCCUUCCGCCAGUACCAGCUCAGCAAAAACUUUGAGAAGAUCCGCAAUUCACUUCUGGAGAGUCGACUGCCUCGACGCAUCUCCCUGCGCAAGGUCCGUGUGCAAAAUACGGAGGGUUUCUCUGCUGAACGGGCCCUGGCAGAAGGCUGUAACCUGGCAGGCAUCCCACUGGUACGCUCACCAUCUUUGCCUGCCACGGUUGGUGGCACCCUAACUGAUCUGGAAGACUCCUUCACUGAGCAGGUCCAGUCAUUAGCAAAGUCUAUAGAUGACGCACUCAGCAACUGGAGUCUGAAGACCAUGUGUUCACUCCAAGAAGGUGGCAACUAUCAGUUCAGUGCCGAUUCCUUUAGCGCAGCAGCGGCAGCAGCGGCAGCAGGGGUUGGAGGUGGUGGAGAAGGCGGGGGUGGGGACGUGCGAGACUCGGUAAUUCAUCAGGGCUCCGUAGACCCAACCGACCUCUCAAGGAAUGCAAGCAAGCUGAUGAUGGCGUUUCGAGAUGUGACGGUGCAGUUUGACAGUCAGAACUUCCGCGUUUCAUCUUCAGUUAGGGAAUCAUCCACUUCUGUCACCCUCAACAGUGGCACCCAACAAGAAGGAACCUCCGGCACUGUCACCACCACUUCCACGACAGCAAAUUCUGCACCAGCCCCUAUCACACCCGGUCCUUCACAAGGACCCCCUCCACCACCUGCAGACAUCCUAGCAGAGCCCAAAGAACUCCCACCCCCACCCCAGGAGCCUCCACCACCACCAGAAUCAGAGAUAGAAGGCAGCGAGCAGGAUGUUGAAUUCCCUGCGCCACCUCCUUCUGAAGAAGAGCUUGGGGAGAUGGAGCAACCUCCUCUGACCCCUCUGGAUAAGAUGGCAUUCCCCCAAAGCCCAGAGGAGGUUGUUGUGGUGGUACCGCCACCACCCAGAGAACCAACUGUGGCCCCUCCACCACAGGAGACUAUAGUGCUGGGUAGCUCUCCUGUGGUGGAGCCUUUGGAUGUUAAGAGAUGUGGCUCUGAGACGGCAGACAAUAGCUCAGAGCAGAUGAGCAGCAGCAGCACAUCGACGGAGGCACGCUCGACGUCCGAGGCGUCGUCCAAGGAAGCGUUGCAGGCUAUGAUCCUCAGCCUGCCACGCUACCACUGUGAGAACCCCGCUAGCUGUAAAUCACCCACUCUGUCCACAGACGUCAUGAGGAAACGCCUCUACCGCAUCGGCCUCAACCUCUUCAAUGUUAACCCUGACAAGGGCCUUCAGUUCCUGAUCUCAAGAGGCUUCAUCCCAGACACGCCCAUCGGUGUUGCCCACUUUCUGCUACAGCGAAAGGGCCUGAGUCGACAAAUGAUUGGAGAGUUCCUCGGCAACAGCAAGAAGCCCUUCAACAGAGAUGUCCUAGAUUGUGUGGUGGAUGAGAUGGAUUUCUCAGGCAUGGAGCUGGACGAAGCGCUGAGGAAGUUUCAGGCCCACAUUCGUGUCCAGGGGGAAGCCCAGAAGGUGGAACGUCUCAUCGAGGCCUUCAGUCAGCGGUACUGCAUGUGUAACCCGGAUGUGGUGCAGCAAUUUCACAAUCCAGACACCAUCUUCAUCCUGGCCUUUGCCAUCAUUCUGCUCAACACCGACAUGUACAGCCCGAAUAUUAAGCCCGACCGGAAGAUGCUGUUGGAGGACUUCAUAAGGAAUUUACGAGGUGUGGAUGAUGGAGCAGAUAUCCCCAGAGACAUGGUGGUGGGAAUCUAUGAAAGAAUACAACAGAGAGAGCUGCGCUCCAACGAAGACCACGUCACCUACGUUUCCAAGGUUGAGCAGUCCAUCGUAGGCAUGAAAACAGUUCUCUCCGUCCCUCAUAGAAGACUAGUGUGCUGUAGUCGACUUUUUGAGGUGACAGACGUCAACAAGGCCCAAAAACAAGCAGCACACCAGAGAGAAGUCUUCCUCUUCAAUGAUCUCCUUGUGAUCUUGAAGCUUUGUCCAAAGAAGAAGAGCUCCGCGGCCUACACUUUCUGCAAAGCCAUGGGACUACUUGGCAUGCAGUUUCACCUUUUUGAAAAUGAAUACUACCCCCAUGGAAUCACCAUCCUCUCGCCAUUCGGAUCAGACAAGAAGCAGGUAUUAAACUUCUGUGCUCAAAGUGCCGAGGAGCUGCUCAAGUUUGUGGAAGACCUAAAGGAAUCAAUCGCAGAAGUGACGGAGAUGGAACAGAUACGCAUCGAGUGGGAGCUGGAAAAGCAGCAGGGAGCCAAGACACACUCGGUAAAGAACAACGGCACACAGCUAGAGCUUCGCGGUAAACAGGGCUCCCCAUCAGGACACCAGGAGAUAGAUGACAGAAGUGGACACAAUGCAGUAGAGGUGUCAAUUCACAACAGGCUUCAGACGUACCAGCUCAGCAGCAGCAUGGCUCGGAGCCCCGAGAGCGCGGCCCUUCUUAAUCACCGGGGAGAGGUGCUUUUCCAGCAAGGGCCCCAGGGCGUAACCCAAGGGCCUGCGCCUCCACCACAACACCUGCAGCUGCAGUCAGCGGCAAGCACUCCCGCCCAUCAUCUCCCCCUCCAGCAGCACCACCAGCCCUGUGUCAGCAUGGCUGACCUGCGGCCUGAGGCGCUCAUCCAGUGUCAGCAAAUUGUCAAGGUCAUCAUGCUCGACAACAGCAGCCAUGGACGCAUGGAGGCCUUCCUCAGCCAAACGCCCACACACCACCACUACCAGCAUCACCAUCACCACAGCCACCAUCAACUUAGUCACUCCGCCAUGUCCACCCCUGUCCGCUCGCCAGACGGUUCACACGGCAGCGACGGCCACCAGCCCCCACUGCCUCCCCCGCCUCCACCUUACAACCACCCGCACCAGUACAUACCCCCAGACCCCCGCCUCAGUCUACACCGGACCCCAAGUGGCUCUCGGAGCAUGGUGUAAAUAAAUGAAUUCAAAGUUUUCUCCUUGAAAGACAGACACAUACUUCCACAUAAACCCUAUCACUUCUCUUCCUAUAUAACAGUACAUAUUGUACAUAUAUACAUACAGAUGAAGCUAUAAUGAAAAAAAUAAAAAUCCCACUUAUAUGCAUAAAUUUAAGAAAAAAAAGAUUAAAAAAAAUAUGGUUUUAAAAGAGAUAAGAAGAAAUAUAGUGCGUAUAUAAAGUUUUACUUGAUUCCACAUGUAUUUUGAAAUAUGUAGUUUUAACAAAUUUCUAUAACUUUUUGUCAGUUUUAACUCUAGAGAAAACUCACUGCUAUUCACUUCAUGGAUGGAUUCCUUCCACUUCCAGUAUUUAUCAGCAACAACAGAAACACACGAAUCCCUCAAAUCUUUUGAAUUUUUCUUGUAAUGGAUGGAAAGACAUCAAGGAUCUUCUGCUUCUGUUCGCUUUAUCAUCCCAAGCCUCAUGCCUACUGUGCUGUAUGUGCACACGUGCGCAUAGCUGACACUUAACUGAAACUCUGUGCCAAAAUACAUAUGCCUCCACUAAACACUGACUUCUUUGCACUUGACUAAAUGCUAGGGCUAGAAGAAAAAAAAACACUACUCCUUUGCUUUGAGAAAAUAGUCAUUUCAGGCUUCUUGUUCAAGGAGCAAAAAAAAAGAAAAAAAAAGAAUAGCAAAACUGAUAUUUCAUAAAAAGUUAUCUACCCAUUUGCGCUGUUGCUUAUUUAUUUAUGUGAUGGAGGGCCUUCUCUCUUCUCCAAUCCCCCGGAUUUAAAAAAAAAAAAAAAAGAAACAAAAAUGACAUUCUCCCGAUAAGCUGUCUUUGUCAUCCGCUCCUCCGUUGUGUUGUGGCUCUCUAUCUUCAGAAAACACUCUCACCCAAUUGUUGCUCUCCAUAGAUCAUUCUACAGUGAAGGAUGACAAGAACCAAAGGCGACCAAUCAUAUAGAUUGCUGCCGAGCCAAAAAAGUUAGCCCAGGAUGCUUCUGUUGAUUGAUGCUUGUCUCUUACUCUUCAUGUCUAACAUUAUUAAGGCUUUCCAGGAAUUCUUGCCCCUUUUGUCAGCUGUUGGAGGGAAGGUUUUGUCUUGUUUUUCAACAUUUUGAAAAUGUCUCAUCGUCUGAAAUGGCUCUAAAGCUACAGUGGGUUCAGAUGUUAAAAAAAACAGAAAAAAACAACACCAUGUGCUGUCAUCGGUUAUCAAAUGUGUCGUCGCUAUAUGUUUUUUUGUUCCAGGAACUCACCCGAGAAUUUCUGUUAGGACGCUACACUUUUUAAAUGUCGAGAUGUGUGUUUAUUUUAAUUUGCCAUUGUGCCAUCAUUGUGUGUUUUCCGUUGGUGGAUAAAUGUCGGGCAGAGUCCACCCACAAAACAUCCAGACGCUGUCUCUUUACGUCGGUACGACUGCCAGCUUUUGUUCCAGAUCCUUGUGACUGUUUUCUCUGCCGUGCUAACCUUUCAUUUUGACAUUUUCAAAAAGGCAAAAACUACAUGGAGCUUAUACUGCAAAAGCUGGCAUUAGUGGCAUUGUUUGUGCUGUUGGCUAUCCUGCUUUAAAUAAGAAUGGAAGGGAGGGGAGAGAGAAAAAAGAAUGCAUUAUCUGAUCUCUUUCUAUUUCACCUCAGCUUAGAUUGUAAAUACCACAUUCAAAGAGUCAGAAAGGACAAGCAAGCUACCUUUAGCCUCUUCAAAUUGCUAUCGCCCUGUCACGCAUCUGUCAUUCUGAAAUAGGUCAGCGACCGCCAUAGCCUGAAUGCGUUCAUCUUUUAUACAUAACCCCCACCAGGUACUCUGAAAUGGAUGUUCAGUUAACUCUGUUCUCAUCUGACCUCCAUCUGUGGGAUUUGUUGGUUUAUAAUCACAGAGCCAAUGCGGGGAGGUCUCUAUCUCAUCUGUCUGUCCUGUUCCACUUAGGAUGUCACCCUGUGAAAAGACAGCAGUUGGACAAAAAAACAAACAAACAAACAAACAAAAAAGCUUUCUGUUGUUGUGGUUGGCAGAGAUGAGUGUGUGUGACCUACUCACAGUAGCAUCCUAGCUUUCCUGUAAACAAAUCCGUCCUCGCUCCUGUUUAUCCCCAUAAUUGCUUUUGUUAUUAUUUCAUAACACAAUGGGAGGAAUUACAGCUUUCAAAAUGAAUCAAGAGCUGCGAUGAUUCAUUUAACACAUUUACUGGCUACAUUGUAGAAAUGAACUUUUGAAGGUUAUGUAAUAAAAUUUAGAAACUAUUCUACUAUUAUGAAUUUUACCUUGAUUGAUGAUGAUUGUACGGUUGCUGAUUUAUUUGUUUGAAUCAGCUUUCAGAAAUUACAUGAUUGAUUUUUUUUUCUUCUCAUGCAUGUAGUUCCAAAGCUUAUUGAACCCUUACUCCCAAAAAUAUGGAAUUUGUGUAUGAAAGACUUUGCUGUGGGAGGUCAAUUUUUUUUUGUCAUGAUGAAAAUGAAAGCUUGUGGAAGAAUUUAAAAAACAGACAUGGAUUUUUAUUCUUUUUUUUUUUUUUACGAUGACAAACACCCCUUCAAAUACAAAUACAAAUGGCUUCUUUGGGCAAAUGUGUUUUUGUGCCUCGAGGCAAAUCAAAUGCCUCUUUCAUGGCCAUUUUUGCUUGUUUUGUCUUAUUUCUAUGUAUGUUAUGACCCUUUCUUUAUGGUUGCACAUUUUAGUCGAAAGAUAUGCUGCGUGUGCAAGAAACAUGAAUAUGAGGCGCACUGAAAAUGACAGAUUUACAUUUGCAGGGAAACUAAUGUAGCAUUUGGGGAGUGUAGCAGAUGAUAUGGAAGUGCAGUAGUGGGUACCUUUCAUGAAGAAACUCACAAAAGGGCUCUGCCAUACCAGUACAUUGCUUCAUGAAUGACAUGUGAAUCUUGUCUGGCUUUUCACCACUGUGUUUGCUCAUACUAGUAAAAGAAAUACAAAUAGAGGAAAUAUUUAUGGAUAGACAGGUGGAAACUGAGUGCAACAUGAACCAUCAUCUCCCUCAGUUGGCUUUAAAAACCCUCCCUGUCUUUGCGGUAUAUUAACAUGCAAUUAAAGAUGAUUUAAGUCUAUACAUCA